UGCCCUGUCUCUCUCUACCACUUUCUCUCUCCUAUGCCUUCCCUUCCUUUCCUUGACACAAUCCAUUAUUCCUUCCCCUUCGCUUCGUUUAUUCCCCACUUCCACACGGCCACACCGCCACAGCCGCCGCCGCCGGACGGCGCUGUCCUUCCCUGGGAGGCGCUCCACUAGGCUCGGCUCAGCUCACGCGCGGCGGCGGUGUCCGUGGCUGCUGGGCUUGCGCGCGCACCUGAUUCCGUGCUGGGCUUCGCGAGGUGCUCCUCGUGCGAGACACACGCCCGAUGCGGCGGAAUCGCGCGGCCGGCGCCCGAGACCCGGCGUGAUUCGGUGGGGAGGCUGGGUCGCGGUGCUUCCGCGUGCGGGAACCAGUGACUUUUUUAUUCUUCUCUUCCCCAGCGGCUCGGGCGGCUAGCGGGCGGGCCGCUUGGUGCUCGUCAGCGCGUGAGGCGGAGAUUACCCGGCGCCGAUCUGGUGCUCUUGCCGCCCGGAGAGGUGGUGCCGGGGGCCAUUGCCGGGUUCUGAUUAGGAGGAGGCGGAGGAGGUAAGUCCCUAGUCUUAUGGGGCUCGCGCCGCCGGAGCUGGGGCAGUUCGACGGGUGGGAGAGCUCCGGGGAGGAGAGGGAGCGCUGGGGCUGGUGCCGCCGCAGCCGCCGCGGCAGCAGUAGGCGCCGCGCGGACCCCAAGGGCGCCGACGACGACACCGCCGUCUCCACCGGUUGCUGCAUCCGCCUCUGGCCCGUCGGAACAUGCCCGCCGCCGCCGCCGCCGCCGCCGCCGAGGUCCAAGGUCGACACCUCCACCAGCAGCGCCAGCACGCACGGCGAAAAGUCAACAGAAAAUGGUAGCAGGAAUCAACCGGUCGCAUUGGUAGUCUCAGGUUCUACAACUACUAGUAACGCUGAAAGCAGUUCAUCUGCAUCUAAAGAUGGAGAAUUGAUAAAAGUUGCCUUUCAGCUGCGCAAGUUUGCAUUCAAUGAUCUAAAAUGUGCUACCCGGAACUUCAGGCCUGAAAGUCUCCUUGGAGAAGGGGGUUUUGGAUGUGUUUUUAAAGGGUGGAUCGAAGAGAACGGAACUGCACCCGUGAAACCUGGUACAGGUCUCACGGUUGCUGUCAAGACACUAAACCAUGACGGGCUUCAAGGGCAUAAAGAAUGGGUGGCUGAAGUUGAUUUUCUUGGAAAUCUUCACCAUCCCAAUUUGGUCAAGUUGAUUGGAUAUUGUGUUGAAGAUGACCAAAGGUUGCUGGUGUAUGAAUUCAUGCCUCGUGGCAGUUUGGAUAACCAUCUUUUUAGAAGGUCUCUUCCUCUCCCAUGGGCUAUCAGAAUGAAGGUUGCACUGGGAGCAGCAAAGGGUCUGGCUUUCCUUCAUGAAGAAGCAGAAAGUCCAGUCAUUUAUCGUGAUUUUAAAACAUCUAAUAUACUACUGGAUGCGGAGUAUAAUGCAAAACUCUCCGAUUUUGGGCUUGCAAAAGACGGACCUGUAGGUGAUAAAACUCAUGUCUCUACUCGAGUAAUGGGAACCUAUGGAUAUGCAGCACCAGAAUAUGUCAUGACUGGUCAUCUGACAUCAAAGAGCGAUGUCUACAGCUUCGGGGUCGUGCUUCUUGAGAUGAUGUCGGGGCGCAGGUCAAUGGACAAGAAUCGGCCCAACGGGGAGCACAACCUGGUGGAAUGGGCACGGCCCCUCCUAGGGGAGAGGCAGCGGUUCUACAAGCUGGUUGACCCUCGGCUGGAGGGCAACUUCUCUGUGAAGGGCGCGCAGAAGGCGGCGCAGCUAGCGCGCGCCUGCCUCAGCCGGGACCCCAAGGCGCGGCCCCUGAUGAGCCAGGUGGUGGAGGUCCUCAGGCCGCUGCAGAACCUGAGGGACAUGGCGAGCGCCUCCUACUUCUACCAGACGAUGCACGCCGAGCGCAUGGCGCACUCGAGCAGCAUGAACGGCAGGAGCAGCCACGGCCACGGCUCCUCCAAGGCACAGAGCCCGUUCGGGCGGAACGGGCAGCAGCAGCCCGUGCGGAGCCUCUCGGACGGGCCCCGCGCCUCCCCGUUCCGCUACUCGCCGAAGCCGAACGUGAAAUGAUGAGGCACCUGGUCCGGGCCGUGGGCGUCGAAGUCGAACCCCAUUCGUUGAUGUGUGUUGUGUACUUGUGUAGAUUGACAUAUGCACAAAGGAAAAGAUGUAGGCGAAAGAGGAGGUGUAGGUUGAAUGAAUGCUGAUGGAUCGUUGCUAUAUAUUUUUGCCCCCAAACAAGGCAGGUUUAGGUGUUUUUAGCCUUGCAA